AUGUCUUCAGAUGGAACUGAGGGACCCGUGCUUGUCCGCGGCAUCAAGGCAGACAAUCCAGAAGUCCGCGACAUGAUCAAGGACCACCCUGAUCAGUGGAAUUUGUAUCUCUUAGGCUUGGAGAGGUUCCAAAACUCGGUGAAGGAGGACUCGCCUCUCUCCUUCUUCGAGAUUGCUGGCAAGUACAAGUUUUUCAGCAUCCAUGGGCUUCCGUACAAGAAGUGGCCAGACAGGGGCUGGAACAACAAGAUGGUCAGAGUCGACAAUGAUUUCGGCGGAUUCUGUACUCAUAGCUCGAUCCUCUUUCUUACCUGGCACCGUCCAUACCUUGCUCUCUUCGAGGCCGAGUUGUACAAGCAUGUCAACGCUGUUGCGAAUGAGUUUGCUGAGACUGAGCGCCGAAGUGACUAUGUGAAGGCGGCCAAGGACUUCAGAAUGCCAUACUGGGACUGGGCUCGGCCUGAUCUUGGAGUCUUUCCAGCAGAGGCUACAUCCCAAGCUAGGGUCCAAGUCAAGCGUCCCCAUAAUAACCAGAAGGAUUCUCGUAUCGAUCCAAACCCACUGGCAACCUACAAAUUCCGAGAGUCGCGCACGAAUACGAGCAUCAAUCAGUUCCCGAGGGUCGGAGGCACCAUUCGCUACCCAGACCAGCCCAACAACGACAGAAUGAUCCAGAGACUGACACAGUUCUUCUCUGGAACCGAUCCUCAACAAGCUUCAAGAGGGAAGAAUCUGACGGAGCGUGUUAUCUUCAUCCUUCAGUCGUAUCGGGACUUUGGAUCUGCGUCCCACAACCGAUUCAAUCCCCCGAGACAACCGGGUCAGCCCAACUUCGCCGAAUGGGGCAGUAUUGAAGAUAUUCAUAAUGCUAUCCACACCUACUCUGGAGGCAGUGGUCACAUGGGAAACCCAGCGAUUGCCGCGUUUGACCCCAUCUUCUGGCUCCAUCACACCAACGUCGAUCGGCUGUUUGCUAUCUGGCAAGCUUGCCACGACAACCCCAACGACCCAUCAACCUAUGUGACUGACCAACGUGCGGGCGAGAGCUGGGGUAACUUCAUCGUCAAAGCCGGUGACCCGGAGACCAUCAAAACCCCGCUGGCACCAUUUGCCCAGUCCGGUACGAAGGACAAUCAAGUUUUUUGGACGUCCGAGGGUGUCAGAUACACCACUGAGUUUGGAUACGUCUACCCGGAAACUCAGUCCUGGAAAUUUCCUACCAAGGAGUCCAUUCUUAACGAGCUGGACCGGGUGUAUGGUAAGACUGCCUCUUUUGCCAACAUCUUGAGAAGUGGUGAGGAAGAUUUCAAAUCCUCUACCGAAGAGUUCAAGAGUCGUGCCAAAGCACAUUUGAAGGCCGAAAACACUCCAGUCUCGGCCUCAACCUUCUCGCUGGCUGCGGAACAAGAUGAGCAAGAACCACUCCAAGAGACCAAUGAGCCCGACGAUUUCAGUCUUCCAGAGGAUCGUGGCCUGAAGAGCUUGAUCGGUACCGACAACAAGUACCUUGAAUGGCUUGUCAACAUUAAGGCCGAAAAAGCCGAACUCGGAGGCAACUACGUUGUCCACGUGUUCCUGGGUUACCCUGAUGAUUCGGUUCCCUUGUUGUAUGUGACCAACCACUCUCACGUCGGUGCCUUUGCCACGUUCGGCCAAGACGAGAAUACCUCGUGUAAGAACUGUCAACAGGGCCGUGCUUUAGGACAGAGAAUCACCGGCCAGGUCCCUCUCACGCUCGCUCUCGUCGAGCGAUAUGUUGCUGGCCUAAUCGAUAGUCUUACGCCGCAGCAUGUCAUCCCCUACUUGCAGAAGCACCUCCAUUGGCGUGUUACAUUGGCCAAUGGUGAUCUCCAGGCCAGGAGCAACCUCAAUAAUCUCUUGGUUAGUGUCGUUACGAACGAAGUAACCAUCCCCAGCAACCCGUCGGAACUUCCACGAUACGCCGAUGAGGUGAUUCCCCAACCAGAUGUCACCACUAACCGUGCGGGAAGUGGCCGUGGCGAUGGAACUGGUUACGAUGGUACCAACUUCUAG